CUAUCCCUACCUUAGGUAGUUUCGCCACUCUUUCCAACUGAAUUUUCCCGGUCCUGUCGACUGCCGUCCUUUUUUUCUUUUUUUCUUUUUUUUCCCUAGACGAUUCCCCCCCUCCAAAAAAACGAUAAACAUUCCGGACCACACCCGCGACCGAAAAUGGUCAGCCCUGUCGGGACCUUCUUCAUAGUCCUGGUUGUGUUGCUGAUCGUAGCCGCGGUCGGCUGGAUCGUCUUCACCCAGCUGCGCGCAAGGCGGUUAGGCCUCCCUGCCCCACCUCUCUCAUCUUACAUCCCCUUUGCGCACUCCGAACCCUCGUCCUCGUAUGGGCCGCCGCAACCGGCACCGAGUGGCAUUCGUAGCUGGAUAAGCGACAAAUGGCGCGCCUUGCGCAGCAGUGGAAAUAGGUCCGCGAGCGGCGCGUACGAGCGCCCCUCCCGCCGCGGCUUCGGACCCCUCGACCCGGACGAGGCCUGGGACUCGCGCGUCGGCCACGAGGCGGACGGGUACUACGGCUACGGAUACGAGGAACAAGAACUUGGCCUGCGCGGACAGGGACAGCGUCAGCAACAGCAACAGCAACAACAUGAGAACGGCACCGGAUACAGCACCGUGAACCUAGGGGCCGAUGAGCGAAGAGGACGUACGUUAAGCCGCGACCAGGGUGCGCCUAUUGGCGGUAACGGAAACGGAAAUCUAGGCAUUGGAGGUGGCCGCAAUCCGUUCGACGACGAGGCGGCCGAGCCUAGCAAUAUCAGCCUGAGGGGCGUGAGUCCCCGGCCAAUCGACACAAAUGUCGCGGCGACCAAGGCGAUUGCGGGGGCCAAGCACGAUAGCCCGACGUCGGAACGAAGAUCGAUAUUCAGGGAAGAAGUAUAAGGACUAUGCAUUGCACCUUGUUUUUAUAUUAUUUAUAUGUGGUUGAUGCCCGCCUCGAGAUGUUUCCAUGGUGCGCGGUGUAGGAGUGAGAUAAUGUGUAGGUAUGCUACAUGCCACCCCCUUCCCCAUCGACGGGAAAUAGGGCGGGGUUAAUUUGUUCUCGGUCGAAAAGAGCUGGACUACGUAGGGGUGUAAAUACGGAGUUCGUUUCUUGAUGUGGACAUCUUGGUCUGAAGGGUGUUAGGCCUUAGGGCGGAACCCCGAGGGAAGGGAGUUUGCGGCGUUUUAGGCUCGUUAAUAAGGAAAAGGGGAGGGCGGUUGUUUCGUUUCUGCGUAUACUAUCUAUCCUAUUCGGGUCUUCCCAAAAGCCACAGGCGUUGCUGGAGGGUGGUUUACUCAAUAUACAAUACGGAUGCGGCAUCGCAUUUUUUCGUGGCUUUGCUUGCUUCUCUUUUUCUCUUCUAUUUAUGGAAUGAGACGCGGUCGCCUUUCAAGUCUCCAUGAUCCAUACUGGGUAACAGAAUCGUCCCCCCCUCAAAUAACCAUAGGAAAUAAUUUAGUAUAAAUGUCAGGAGACAUCAUGGCUACCCCUGAUAAUCAACAGGGAACAUCGGCAGCUUAAUUAACCAUCUAAGAUAGUUAAGUUCUACUAGAAGAGAUGGGCAAUACUAAUCAUAAUGUUCAAACA